CGUAUUUGUAUGAUCAUUUUGCCUUCUGUAUGACCAGUAAUGCCAAAACAACCGUAAUGUGUGAUUCUUUGAUAGUUUUGUGACACGUAGUAGUUGUGUCAUUUCCCAUGAUCCCACGUUCAGAGGGCUGCAGUACAAAGCGAGGUUACUGGCUUAUCAGGGUAAAUUCAGGAGUCACUUUGUGAUGCUAGGUGUAACGUCCCGAUUAACCCCUACUACAAAAGAUGGAUAGGUUUUAGCCGAGGUUUGCUGCCAUGGCAAUUUACACUGCACCUCUAAACUGCAGGUAACUGGUAACUCGACGUUACCCUAUAUAAGCACCGCCCCUCCGCACACAGUCUUAUGGAGAAAAAUGCUGGCGCAUUUGGAGAACCCAAUCCACAUUGGCGGGAGGAUUGUGAGAGGCUCCCCCGCAGGACGGGGGUGUUUAGGGACUGUCAGAAUAAAUGAGCUUACCCUGAUGUUGUGUGCCUUGGUUUGCGCUAUUUUGCCCCUGGACACUUUAUGUUUUCCAGAGGCUGAACAUCUGAGCAGGAAUACUGGUUAUUGAGGGCCUGUUUCAUGUUGCUGCCCAUACAGUCAGUGUGGUGGACAUGAUCUACCUGAUGAAUUAUUGCACAGCAGGUGGGAUAUUGUUCGGUAACAGAGCUGAGCUACCUCGUCACAGCUUACCAAAGGUUUGGUGGAACCUUGUUUGUUUGUUUCCGUUUACCAAAGAAUGAUCAGCUACUGUCAACGACUGCCGUCACCCACAGUGGACAACUUUCCAACAGACUGCACCCUGAAGUUCUACUUCACAGUCACUUUGUCAAGUCAUGGAAAGAAGAUAUAACUUGAGAACCAAGGCACCUCCUAGAGUGAACACUGGGAAUACUAUCCAGCAUUUCAGGCCCCAGCAUUAUGUGCCACCUGCAGGAGUGCCUCCCAGCUCGGAUAUGCACUCCCUCAGACAAGCCCUUCUUUCUGCUGAAGGAGAAAAUCUGAAGCUGGCAUCUGAAAACGCUAGACUGAAACAGCAGUUUGCCAAUCUGCAAGAAGCCACCACAAAACUGCUGCAUGAGAAUGGCUGCCUUCAGAAGACACUGGGGAGAAAGCUGAACAUGGCCAAGCAAAACAUCAAGGAGUUGCAAAAGGCUCUAGAGGCCAUAAAGGCAGACCAGGAUGAGGACAAGAAGAGGGAGGAAACUUUGAGAGAGAACGAAAAGGAACUCCCUUCACUUAGAGAAAGCCUCAGAGUGCGAACCGAGGAGCAUCUGGACAUUUCUUCCCAGCUCAGCCUCAAAGAGAUUGAACUGAGCGAGAGCUCGAAGAGGUGCAACGCUCUGGACGAGAAGUUCAGGGAGGAGCUCGCCGAGAGGGAGAGGAGAGAAAUGGAACUCUCUUCACUUCGUGACAGCCUCAGUGCAGAGAAGGAGAAGACGGACAGAGUCCGAGAUUUCUGGAUUAAGGAAUAUGACCAGAUGAAGGCUGCCUUUGAGGGCGAAUUAAAAAUGGUCAAGUCCAUGUGCGACACCCAGCAGAGCACUGACCUGCAGCAAGUGCAAGCAGAUGCUCAGAGCAAGGUGAGCCAGCUGCAAGAGACCAUCACAGAGAAGGACAAUGAGAUCAGCGCCUUCAGAAGUGAAAUUAAAAGUCUCACUGAGGAGCAUUUGAUCCUUUCGUCCCAGCUGAGCCUCAAAGAGACUGAACUGGACCAGAGCAUAAACAGGUGCAACGCUCUGGAGAAAAAGUUCAAGAAGGAGCUUGUCGAGAGGGAGCAGAGCUGGGAGAGGAGACAGAAGGACAUGGAAAAGCUUUGGGCUGAAAAAGAAGUUGCCCUGAUGGAAAAGGCGAGCAACGGAGAGGAGGAACUGAAGCUUCUCAUCGUUAAAAGCAUCCACCUUCAGGUACGCUGCUUGACCUUAAAAGUGUUUUUUGGAAUAAUGGCUUUUUGGAUUAGAACAGCUUGUGUCAAAAUUAGCCUUUCCAAGUUAAAUAGAAAAUACUGUCUAUUUCUUUUCAAGAGCUCACCCUUAAAAAGAAGAAGAGGCAAGGUUUCUGGGGCAAAAAGAGGCAAAAAAGCAGCACUGUGGAGGAGGAGGCUGCAGGUUGUUCAGCUCAGGCUGGACAUGAAGAGAAAAAGAAAGAUAAAAAAGACAAUACAUGGGGCUUCUGGAGCAAAAAGAAAGAAAAAAGCAACUCUGACAAGGAGGCUUCAGUGUGUCUGGCUCAGGCUGGACAGGACAAGGAGAGAAAGGAGAAGAAACGGGGCUACUGGAGCUGGACUCGCAAGAAGAAAAGCAGUGACAGAAAAGUGGAGGAAGCUGCUGUUCCUCUGGCGCAAGAUGGACAGCAGUGAACUAUCCAUCCUACACCCCCCCCGCUCCCACCCUCACCCCGUCUCCCUCCCCUUCCCAAUUGGUUGCUCACGGGGGAAUGUUGGGCCUCUGUGAACAUUGUAAAGAGUACGGUCUAGACCUGCUCUCUAUGAAAAGUGCCCUGAGAUAACUUGGCGCAAUAUAAAUAAAAUAUCACUAUCUUUUCUCCUUUCUUGUAAAUAUUAAUAAAAAACCCAACUCUAAAGCAACCGGUUAAACCCAUUUCUUUGUGCUGCUUUCCAUUUGAGUUAACUCUGGGCUGUGUAUCCUCAGUUAUUUCUUCAUGUCUGGACCUCAACUACAGCUGUGAUAUCUUCCGAUAUCAAUUAUCAGAAUGCAGAAACUUCAUCCACAGUUGAGCAGGCUUUAUUGCAGAAACCAUCAUUGCAACGUUAGGAUAUUGUGUUAAAGUACUAUGCAACCUGUAUCACGACAUGUCGCAGCACAUACAAAUGUGAAUAUUUAAAAUUUAACUUACAUAUUUUUUUAAAGCGCUUUCAUCGGUGUGCAGGAAAUAGUCAGAAAAAUGUCCACAGUGUUGUUCAGUCUGUUGUGCACUCUAAUGCUAUUUGUGUACAACAGAACCACUUACGUUAAGUGCUUUGAAGA